AAAGCAGAUAACGACAAAUGGGAUGACUACUUAAAGAUCAUAACUAAGGCUGUCAGUUCUUUUAAAGAUUGCAAGAACGAUAGAUGUGGAUGUUACAAGAAAGUUAUUGAUAACGAUUUGAAGCCUUGGCGAUUGAAAAAGGGAAUAACAAAAGAAAUCUUUGAUAAGGCAGCGAAUCAAGGAAGUCAUCGAGGUGCGGAAAAGGGCAGCCAUUAUCAGAUUAUAAACCACAAGGUCUAUCGGCAUGAGAGAUGUACCUUUCCUGCCAGAUGCAAAGGUAUUGAGCAUUUUCUCAAAAAAAUCGCUAAGAAGCUACCCAAUUUGGAGUUAAUUAUCAAUACUCACGAUUGGCCUAAGGUUCCAAAAUGGGACGAACUCCUACCGGUGUUCUCAUUUAGUAAGACACACAAUGAAAAUGAUAUCAUGUAUCCGGCUUGGUCGUUUUGGGAGGGUGGCCCUGCUGUCUGGCCGAUUUUUCCAAAUGGAUUAGGACGUUGGGACGUUUUAAGAAAAUCUUUACAAAAAGCGUCGGAUAAGUGGCCAUGGGAUAAAAAGAAAUCCAUCGCAUUUUUUAGAGGAUCUAGGACCAGCGCCGAGCGUGAUCCUUUAAUUCUUCUGUCUCGUGCUAAACCGAAAUUAGUUAAUGCAUCAUAUACUAAAAAUCAGGCAUGGCGAUCAAAGGCAGAUACCUUAGGUGAAGAGCCCGCUAAAGAGGUCACUCUUGAAGAUCAUUGUAAAUACAAGUACCUAUUCAAUUUUCGAGGUGUUGCAGCUAGCUUCCGCUUUAGACACUUAUUUCUCUGCAAUUCUGUGGUACUCCACAUUGGUCAUGAAUGGCAGGAAUUCUUCUAUCCGGCUUUAACUCCAUGGGUUCACUAUAUUCCUGUUGAUCCUGAUCAGAGAAACACAGAAGAAAUAAUCCGAUUUGCAAUAGAAAAUGACGAAGAAAUGAAGAGAUUAGCGAAAAGAGGACGUGACUUUAUCUUAAACCAUUUACGGAUGAAAGAUGUUGAGUGCUAUUGGGAGCUUUUGCUAAAGCAAUACGCGAAGCUUUUAAAAUGGAAACCACAGCUAAAUCCAUCAUUUGACCUGGUGUCUUAA